CAACUCUAUUAUCAAAUAUAUUUGCAAAUAGCAGUAGAACGUCGUUGCGAAACGGUGAAUAGUGUUUGGUCCAGUUAUCUUUUGGCCCCGGUUAAAGAAGUAUCUCGAAUUCUAAGGAGAAUUGCCAAAUUUGUUUUACAUUCGUCUUGGAGAAGGAUUUGAGGGUCCUCGAGAACGAUCGAUAACCGAUGACAUUCAGGAUUAUAUAAAGAAAUUGAAGGAGCCCAUUGCCAUCAGUGAUCAUAAUCCAAGCGAUCGAGGAUGAAGUGCUUCGUCUUCUCGCUUCUACUUUGUGUUUUAAUAACAUUUUCGACUGCCGGAAGUCCAAAAGUGAUUAUUAUCGGCGCUGGACCAUCUGGCAUAGCUGCAGCUUCUAGAUUACUGCAGAAUGGGAUAAACGAUGUGACCAUUCUCGAAGCGGAAGACAGAUAUGGUGGAAGAAUUAAAAAAACUGAAAUCGGAGAAUAUUCCACGGAUCUGGGGGCACAAUGGGUCCACGGAGAGGACGGAAAUGUGGCAAAUGAACUCGCCGCACCAUUAGGUCUUUUAUCGAAACAAGUGGCAUCUAACGUUACCGAUCUAAUCUAUGAUUGCAUAUAUUUUGAAUCCUCCGGUACAAAACUGCCGGAAGAAGUGACCCAGGGAUUUUUUCAAUUUGGUGAUGAAAUUAAAGAUCACAUAAUCGGGGUGGAUGAUCAAAAAAAUACAUCUUUUGGAGAAUACAUGAGGAAGAGACUUGAUGAAUGGUUCACAAAACAUCCAGCGAUUACCCCCGAAUUACAAAAACCUUUGACUCAUUCAAUGGAACUAGAGAUGACGGCGAUAUUUGGAGCCGAACAUUCAGAUGAUGUGUCUGUGGUAGGAGUUAAAAACGCGCCAUCGUGUCCCGGAUUUCGGGAUCUUAAUUGGAAGGAGAGAACUUAUGGAACUAUAUUGGAGAUACUCAUGAAAAGGUAUCCGAAUCCUGAAGAAGAGCUGCCGGUCUUGAACAAAACGCUGUUGAACAAAAAAGUAACAAAGAUAAAUUAUGCGGAGGAAGGACCAGUGAAAGUGACUAGUGCUGAUGGAGAAGAAUACACGGCUGAUCAUGUUAUUUUUACUCCCUCAUUGGGAGUUUUGAAAGCUAAUCAUGAACAGCUUUUCGAGCCCCAGUUGCCGGAAAAGAACAGGAAAGCUAUAGAGGCACUUGGUAUGGGUAGAAAUGGCAAGAUAUUGCUGUAUGAUGAGGAACCCUGGUGGAACAUCGAAGGGCACUGGGCCCUGCAUAAUUUUGUGUGGACUGAGGACGACCGCAAAGUUCUAGAAAAUGAUCCUGAGAAAGCGUGGAUGUUGGGUGUGACAUACGGCUUCCCGGUCGAGUAUAAGCCGAAAUUGUACCAAAUUUGGUUGAGCGGACCUCACUUAGAUCAAAUGGAACGACUACCCCAAGAAUUAUUCAGAAAUCAAACUCUAGAGCUGAUUCAACGAUUUUUCGGCAAAACGUACAAUGUAACAGAGCCCACCGAGAUUCAAAGAACAUCGUGGAACACUAAUGAGAAUUUUCGUGGAACUUACAGUUAUCCAACGAUUCAGUCAGAGACAGCAAUGUCUGGUGCAACCGAACUAGGCGAACCGGUGAUACACGGGGGAAUCCCGGUUCUAUCAUUCGCCGGAGAAGCUACUGAACCUAGGUAUUUCUCAAUGGUUCACGGUGCAAUAGCCUCCGGAUGGCGAGAAGCCGAUCGCCUUAUAAAUUUGUAUCGUCAACAAAACAGUAAUCCCAAGGUAAUUGUCAUUGGUGCUGGUGCUGCGGGUAUCGCUGCUGCCUCAAAAUUACUGCAAAAUGGCUUUGAUGAUGUAAUCAUUUUGGAGGCUGAAGAUAGAUAUGGUGGGCGAAUCUACUCAACCAAAAUAGGGGAGUAUUGGGGGGAUUUAGGUGCCCAGUGGGUCCACGGAACGGAGGGAAAUGUUGUUCACGAACUUGCUUCACCACUGGGUCUCCUUUCAACAGCUCGUGGCCCAGAAGAACCUGAAGAGCCGCCUUUUCAGGUCAAACUGUGCGGAUCUUCGGGGAGUACAUUACCAGCUGAUGUCACGCAAGGUGUCCUUGAUCAUAUAACUAAUAUUAUGCAUAAUUAUACAGGACUUGAGGAUUUGAAGACUGGAUCGAUGGGCGAAUACAUAGAAACCAGAUUCAAUGAUUGGUUUAAAAAACAUCCGGAAAUUAGCGACGAGCUGCGUAAAUCACUGUUACAUAAUGUGAAGUUAAUGACUCUAUCAGAGGAAGGUGCGGAUGAUUGGAAUAAAGUAUCUGUAUUUGGAUCUAAAGAUGCUCCUGCGUGUUCUGGUUUCAGUGAAAUCAAUUGGAAGGAAAGAACUUACGAUACUAUUUUCAAUAUACUAAUAAAACAAUAUCCAAAUCCCGAAGAUGAAUUGUCAGUCUUAAAUAAGACAUUCUUGAACAAGAAAGUCUCGAAAAUAAAUUACGCUGGGGAUGGCCAGCUGCGGGUGAUGACAACAGAUGGAUGGGAAUAUAUGGCUGAUCAUGUUAUCUUCACUGCAUCAUUGGGAGUAUUGAAAGCAGAUCACGAAAAGAUUUUCCAGCCUCCUCUCCCAGAAAACAAUAGAAACGCUAUUGAGCGAAUUGGCAUGGGAAGAAAUGCAAAAAUUCUUAUGUAUUAUGAGAAUCCCUGGUGGAAGCCGCGAAAACAUACACUCAAUUCGUUUUACUGGACCGAAGAGGAUAGAAAAGAGAUUGAAAAUAACCCGAAAAAGAAUUGGCUAUUGGGAAUAAUAGACGACAGUAUAGUUGAGUACAAGCCGAAACUAUACCUUCUCUGGAUUAGUGGGCCUUAUGCUGAGGAAAUGGAACGAAUACCCGAUGAACAAUUUCAGGAACAAAUCAUGGAAUUCCUGCGAAAAUUUUUCGGAAGCACUUACAACAUCACAGAACCAACGAAAAUUGUAAGAUCAUUUUGGAACACAAAUGACAACUUCUGGGGAACUUACAGUUAUCAAACUCCACAAUCUGUCAAAACCAACGUGGGCCCCCGUGAUCUUGGUGCCCCAAUAAUGCGUAAAGGGGUGCCCAUUUUGCAGUUCGCGGGGGAAGCUACUGAUCCCGCUCAUUUCUCGACUGUCCAUGGUGCGAUAGCUUCCGGUUGGCGUGAGGCAGAUCGUCUUAUAAAUUUUUACAAUGGCAAUCCAAAAGUGAUUAUCGUUGGUGCCGGUGCAGCAGGCAUAGCAGCCGCUUCUAAAUUAAUGCAGAAUGGAAUUGAUGAUUUAAUCAUACUGGAAGCGGAGAACAGAUAUGGUGGAAGGGUUAAUUCAAUCAAAAUAGGGGAGUACUGGGCGGACCUGGGGGCCCAAUGGGUCCACGGGGUGGAAGGCAACGUCGCUUAUGAACUUGCCUGGCCACUGGGGCUCCUUUCGAAAUCUCGCGGUCCAGGAGAACCUGAGGAAUUUCGAGUUACUUUUCAGUUACGCGAAUCUUCUGGGAAUUUAUUAUCAGAGGAUAUCAAUAAUGCGGUAACAAGCUAUGGAGAGGAAGUUUUCAGUAAUAUCACCGGAAUUGAGAACUUGAAAACUGGAUCUUAUGGAGAAUACUUCGAAACAAGAUUCAACAACUGGUUUGAAAACCAUCCGGAAAUCAGUGUUAACUUGCGAAAAUCAUUGAUGAAUAGUAUGGAAUUAAUGACAAUGGCAUCUGAAGGUUCGGAUGAUUGGCACAAAGUAUCUAUAGCUGGAUCUGAACAGGCUCCACCGUGUGCUGGUUUCAACGAGGUCAAUUGGAAAGAUCGGGCUUAUCGUACGAUUUUGGAGAUCAUGAUGAAAAAGUACCCGAAUCCCGAAGAUGAGUUGCCUGUUUUGAAUAAAACCUUCCUAAAUAAAAAAGUAUCUAAAGUAAAUUAUGCCGACGAAGGACCGGUAAAGGUGACUACGGCCGACGGUACAGAGUAUACUGCCGAUCACGUUAUUUUUACGACAUCACUGGGAGUUCUCAAAGCAGAUCAUGCGAAAAUCUUUGAGCCUGCUCUUCCAGAAAUAAAUAAAAACGCUAUUGAGCGUCUUGGAAUGGGGAAAAAUGCCAAAAUCCUCAUGUACUACGAAACCCCUUGGUGGGAAUCCCGAGGAAAUGUUUCUAAUGCUUUUUAUUGGACAGAAGAAGAUAGGAAGGAAAUGGAAAAUGACCCUGAUAAAAAUUGGCUAUUAGGAAUAGCAUAUGACAGCAUAGUCGAGUAUAAACCGAAACUCUAUUUUCUCUGGAUGAGUGGACCCUACGCUGAGCAGAUGGAACGAAUUCCUGAUGAACAGUUCAAAAAUCAAACCAUGGAAUUUCUGCGAAAAUUCUUAGGGAAAACUGGAACCGUUACGGAACCAACUGAAAUUAGGCGAUCGUCCUGGAACACCAAUGAAAAUUUCCGUGGGUCCUACAGCUACCCAACGAUGCAAUCAUUUGAAACUACCAGGGGCCCUCGUGAUCUGGGUACGCCGGUAAUGCGGAAAGGGAUUCCUGUUGUUCAGUUCGCAGGUGAAGCUACUGAUCCACCUCAUUACGCAAAUGUCCAUGGAGCAAUAGCUUCUGGCUGGCGGGAGGCGGAUCGAUUAAUAAAUUUGUAUUCAAAAGAAUAAAUUUUUUGCAUUGCAAUAAACUAUUGAAAUUGAUGGUAUCAA